AUGCGUGAACUGCAGAAUUGUAUAGUCAGGAUCAUGGUUGAUAACCAGUUAGUAGUCCAGUCGUGGAAUAAUGGUGGCUGUAAAUCGUUGGAAUUGAAUGACAUAUUGAAAUCUUUUUUCAUGGUUUGUCUAGAAAAGAAUAUUGAUCUAAGUCUGUCCAGAAUAUCUACAACAAACAAUCCCGCUGAUAUGCCUUCAAGAAGGCUUUCAAACAUGGACGCAAUGUUGCAGUCGGGAAUUUGGGCGAUAAUUGAACACAAUUUUGGGCCUCAUUCAGUUGAUCUCAUGUCAUUAGAUUCCAAUAGUUUGGUCGAUCGUCAUUUUACGCCGUCUCCGCUUCCGAAAUCAUCGGGGGUAGAUGUAUUCAGUCAAAAGAUAGAGACUGAGGCUAAUCCUUAUGUCUUUCCUCCUUUCUGUAUGGUACUUCCAGUUACAAGAUAUGGUUAGAUGGCAAACCAAUAUAUCUAAGUGAAAUAGAUGGUAGAAUUAAGGAAAUUGAGAAAAAUGCGUCCGAAAAAGGAUAUGUAAGGAAGUCAACAA